AUGCUUAAAUUUGCAAAGGUCAACAAUCCCACCCAUGGUAUCACUGGAAAUGAAACAGUAUCCACCGUCAGUAUUACUGUCAAGUCACAAUCAGUUGACCUAAUUCCUUUACUCAGAGCAUCCUUCUACUAUGAGGCUACCGAUUUCAAUGGAUUAGACGAACUUCUACAAGAAGCAAAGGGUGCAUCAUUCUGGAUCCAAUUGACCAAAGGUGACUCUAAGCUUACAUUUGACUCUACAAACAGAAGCUAUUGCGACCUACAUUUGAGUAAGGAUGACUUUUUUCACAACAACUACAUCUACCGUUAUUUGAAAUUCAAAGAGCACAAACCAGUCAAACAGUCCAUCCACACUGAAACAUAUUUCACUGCUUCUGCUUCAUAUCCCACACCAAAACAGUUAAAGUACGGAAGAGAUGUCAGCGUGCUAAUAUCGAGAGUAUUUUCUGAUGCAUCAAUUAAGGUUUCACUGAAUAGAGAUAUCCAAUCUCUCGCAAAAUUCCGGUGCAAUUAUGAUGUAUUAUCAGGACACAUUCCACACAACUCUGACUUGAGGCCUCUUGCCAAAGAUCCAUCCUUAGAGCCACAUGAAUUCUACGAAUACUGGAGUCUCCUUCACAUGAAUAAGAUUCCUAAGAUCGAACCUAAUGAGUAUGAAAGAAUCACCAGUAUGUACGAAGUGCCAUACCGUGAUGAACUUGAAAACAGCGAAGAAAACGGCAAUGAUGUAUCUUUAAUGUUCACCAAGAAUGUUCACCCAGAAGUGCUUCAACUGAUCCUUCAACAUCAGGACAUAUUAUCCGUCUUAUACAGUAGAGGCAAAGAUACUGGGCUUAUCACAAAACUUCCAAAUGGAAUCUACAAAUGGGAGAACUAA